GGGGAACCCAGCGGGCCGCAGCGAGGCGGGCGGGGGCUGAAGGGCCGGGGCAGGCUGAGAGGUCGCCCGGCGCGUUAUGAGUGGGCCUCUGCCUUCACUUUGUCGACGGCUCCUCCUCCGUUGAUUUGCUCCUCGCCCGGAUUUUCUGCUCCCAGCCUGCUCCGACUGGCCACACGCCGCUCACGCGUCCAAGCUCCGCGCAUCCACGCAUCCUGGUGAGUGCCGCAUCCGUCGCGCGGCCUAGCGUGUCGCUGUGUAGUGUCGCGCGCAAGCUGUUGAAUGCAGAUGCGCCCGACACCACCGCAACGACAUCGUGUGCCGCCACCGCUCACGCACCCUCUCUGCAGACUGCCAGCACGCGCCCUGCUGCGGCCACUCCUGCGACCGCUCGCCUGCCGCGCCCCUCCUGCCCGUCGCCGCCGGCCGCCAUCGUGCACCCCCGCGGCGCCCGCACGUCGCACACGGUGGAUAGUGACAUCUGCCACGGUGCCCCAGGCUGCCCAGCGAAGCACAAGAGCCAGGAAACAGACGGCCCAUCAGAGCGUCCCGUGUAAGCCCGCCCGCCCGCACGCGCAAGGCCGCCGGCGAGCAGCCUGCCCCGUCUGGGCUGCUCCGCCGUUGUGGCCGCUGUCGCCAGUGCACACUGCACCGUCCACUGCAACAUGCCCAAUGCCCCCCUUGCGCCUGCCUCGCCCUGCGCUGCGCUUCCCUCCCUGCCGGCGCGCGCCUUCCUGUGCCCGCAUGACGCUAACGGCCUACGCGUAGCACGGCCAGAGCCCACGCCCGCUCCAGCGCUGCUCCAGUGUGCGUUGCUGCAUCCUCCCAGUGACGUGGACGCCAGCGAAUAGCCAGCGCACACAGGCUCCCGCAAGCCGUGCUAGGGGCUGCAACAGGCCGAAUAAACAUGUCGUCCACCCCGCCCAAGAAU